ACAGUCUACAGUUUGAAAGCAGCAACAAUGAAGCUGUGAAGCUCGGCUGCGUCAUAAUCAAGAAAAGAAAUAAAAAACAUAUUCCAUAUAGCGGCAGGAGGUCAUUAGUGAGUGAAACGAGUGCCAUACACGGUUUCAAACGAAAACGUUUAAAAAGGUCCUCAGAUUCUCGGCCAGAGUUGGUGUACACGUUCAUCGAGCAAGCGGUGCAGCCGGGUGCUCAGGUAGCACUCAAGUGCUCCGCCGUGGGUGAGCCGCCGCCCCGCUUCCGGUGGACUUUGGACGGACAGACCAUACCUUCACAUCAUGGGGCGAUAAUAACAGAAGGCAGAGAGAGCAGUCCCUCGGGCAUAGGUUCGAGCACCAACUACAUGCUGUCUACCCUGUCACUGAACAGUGCGCGCGUGGAGCAUGGCGGGCGGUACGAGUGCCGCGCUACUAACACGCAUGGAUCUGUUGCGCAUGCGGCGCGGCUUAAUGUUUAUGGUGCUCCGUACAUUCGAGCCAUGAAUUCCGUGAAAGCAGUAGCGGGCUCUGAAGUCGCAGUCUGGUGUCCCUACUAUGGAUUUCCUAUUGAGUCAGUAAAAUGGGAAGGAGGAGCUGGUAACGACCCUAGAUACCAUCAGGCAGACGGUAUGCUGACCAUUACAAAUGUAGACAAAAACCGGGACAAAGGAGCUUGGACGUGCUCAGUACUUACACCUGGCGGAGAGCUGGCUAGGAGAGAAGUCCAAAUAACAGUGGUAUCUCCACCGGUUUUGUCGCCUAUUGUGUUCCCUCCUGGGCUGAGGGCGGGAGAUCGAUCUCAGAUCACAUGUACAGUCACUUCUGGUGAUAUGCCUGUAUACUUUUCUUGGUUAAAGGAUGGGAUGCCUAUAUCGAGUGUCCUUCAGGUGGACGAAAGAGGUGCAGAAUUCUACAGCAUGCUUCUUUUCAAGAGUUUGACAGCUUCCCACAGUGGCAUAUAUACUUGUGUUGUUACUAAUACUGCCGGAAAGGCUAACGUUUCCGCUGAACUCGCUAUUAAAGUGCCUCCAUACUGGCAAGUAGAACCCACAGAUAGUUCAGUCCUUCUUAAUGGAUCUCUAACAGUAAGUUGCGAAGCUCGCGGUCAUCCACCGCCGACCAUUUAUUGGACCAAGUAUGCUGGUAAUACAGAAGCGACAUUAGGAGGAGUAUCUGACCCCGUGGUGCUAAGUAAUGGAUCGUUAAGACUGGAUGCAGCAAGAGGAGAACAUUCAGGGAAAUAUCGUUGUAGGGCUGACAAUGGCGUUGCUCCUGCCUUAUCUAAGACACUUACUAUUCAUGUCAAUGAACCUGCAAGAUUUGAAACUCCAUCAGCAAAUGUGACGUCGAAAUUAGGAGAUACUGUAAGACUGAUAUGCGUUGCCAGAGGUGAUACUCCUCUUUCCACUGCUUGGAGCCAUUCUGGAAGAGCGUUGCCAAACUCUGAUUACAGAAUGAGCAUAUCAGAAACGAGAAGUGCUGAGGGUUUACGAAGUGAGUUGGUUAUUGAACGAGCAGACCGACGAGAUUCAGGAGUAUAUCGAUGCCAAGCGUCGAAUCCUUACGGAAGGUCGGACCAUUUCGUUCACUUAGCGGUUCAAGAACCGCCGGAACCACCAGCAAAUUUCAGAGUAUUGGAGACAACGUCUCGAUCGGUACGCCUGCAAUGGCGACGUCCAUACGAUGGCAAUUCACCAGUAUUGGGUUAUAUGGUACAAUAUCGUCGACAUGAUUCUACUAACUCUGAUUCUUGGAGAGACGCUGAAACUCAUAAUGUUUCCGUUUCUGCUCACCCUCUGGAUUCAUAUGAGACUGAAGGAGCUACAAUAUCAGGUUUAGAACCAGCAACAGCGUACUUGGUGCGAGCUAGAACAGUGACUGCGCAGUUUGCUUCGAGUCAUACUAGAGCGUUACUAGCAUUGACAUUACACGAACCUCCUGCUCGGGCACCUAUCAGUCUUCGUGCAUCAGCUCCUAGGCCUUCAACUAUUGAAUUGGCUUGGCAGGCUCCUCCAGUGUCUUCGUGGAAUGGAGAAUUACUCGGAUACACAGUUUGGUGGUGGCCCUCAGCUGAUGGUUCAUUGGCUGGUGGUGCAAACGUUGGCAUGGAGUUCUCCACAGUUCGUGGGCAAAUCAAUAAGUAUACCAUCGAAGGAUUGGAGCAUUAUACGAGAUAUUCAGUAAGUGUAAGAGCAUUUAACAGUGCUGGUGCUGGACCUGCUACGGCUCCUGUUAACACUUUGACUCAAGAAAGUGUACCAUCUGAAGGUCCUCGAGCAGUGAGAUGUCGCGCCGUAUCCCCACAAAGCCUAAAGGUAGAGUGGUCACCCCCUCCAGCACACGCGCACCACGGAGCCCUUCUUGGAUACAAACUGCUUUAUCGACCGGAACACACGGCAGAUUGGCUGGAGUGGGAGGUACGAGGCGGUGGCGGUCCAAGCGCAGGAGUGGGCGCGGAAGUCAAGAGAGUAGCGGGCGUGGAAACUUUGCUUCUAGCGUUGAGACCACACACUAACUAUACUGUUCAGGCUUUGGCUUACACAGCUGCUGGCGACGGCUUGCCUGCUCAUCCUAUACACUGCACCACUCAGCAAGAUGUACCGGGAGCACCGGCAGCAGUAAAAGUAGUUCCAACAUCAGUGACGUCAUUAGCAGUCAGUUGGCUGCCACCAAGCCGUCCCAAUGGACCAAUAUUAUAUUAUACAGUAUUCUAUCGUGAGCUUGGCAGGGAUAGACCACCUCAAACCACGACAGUCCAAGGCGAGGAUGGUGAGCCUUCAGUGGGUCUAGGAGGUUCAACAGAACUGCGAUCGUUGUCUGAAAGUGCCACGUAUGAAGCAUGGGUGUCUGCGCAUUCAGCCGCUGGAGAAGGAGAACCAUCGGCGCCUAUACCUGCUACUACCACUUCUAGGGCCGGCGCCAGAUUGCUAUCGUUUGGAGUGUGGGCUCGAGUGCAAUGUGGUCACUCUCUCCGGCUGGCGUGUGCGUGGCGAGGCGAGCCCACUCCUCGAGCCCGCUGGUUGCGUGGCGACCGCCCGGUCACGCACGAUCCUCGCGCCCAUCUUACUCCGCAUGGUCAUCUAGCUAUUCAUGAAGUGGACGCAGCAACGAGUGGCAACUACACAUGCUCGGCUCGCAAUGCGUUUGGAUCAGAGGAAGUGACGUAUAAAGUGGAAUGUGCCGCGCCGCCGUCCGCUCCGACCCUCACCUUGGAACACGCGGCGCACAAGGAGGCGCGGCUCACGUGGAGGACGACUCAUCACCCGGCCGCACCGCCGCAUGGUUUUACAAUCUGGUGGUCUCGUAUACGCGACGAUACAGCUGACAGCAUGGACGCUACUUCUUCGCGAGGUGAAGAAGAACGGAGGCUAGAAGCGGGUGGGGAGGCCGUGGGGGUGGUGCUGAGGGCCUUGUCUUGUGGGGCCUCUUAUACUGUCAGAGCUGUGGCUCACUCCAGGGCCGGACCAUCACCACCUUCGACACCCUUGCUGGUUCGAACCAAACCUCCAGUAUUAGUAUGGGAAGGAGGAGGAGAUGAAGAGAAGCCCGAAGAGGGUGCAGAAGCGGCUGUGUGGAGUAACAGCAGUGCUUUGGCAGUGGAUGCUCGCCGAGCAGUGCGGUGCGGGGCGCGCCUGGUCAGGCUGCAGUGGCGAAGGGCUGAUGCCGGCGGCUCGACGGCUUGGAGAGACGCUGAUCUCACUUCCUUGCAUCACCAUCGAGAGGUGGUGAUUGGGGGGUUAGCUGCCGGUGCGUGGUACGGACUCAGGCUGUGGACGGCUACCGAGUCAGCUCGUCAUCAGGCUAUAAUUUAUGCUGCCACUACCACGCAUUCCGGAGAGCGUCUAAGACGUCCAGUGGCGUUUCAUUCGGAGGGCGGCAGUGUGGUGCCGGUGAGCGCAGCUGAUGCUGAACGCGUGCUGGGUGCAGUGUCUCUGGCCUUCGCUGCCCUAGCCGCGUUGGCUGUUGCCGCGUUGCUACUAGUUCUCUUGGCGAGGAGAAGUACCCUGUGGCCCUGCGCAGCCCGGGUGGACGAGGAAACGCGUCGCUGCAGCCACUCCGUCGCCAGCACUGACAAGUCUGUCUGCCCUGAGCAGCAGAACAUCAGGAACUGUCAACAUGACUACAAGCACGAUAAACUGUCGCCUGCGUCUGAUGUCUACGAGAUAAGUCCAUAUGCUACAUUCGCGGUGGGCGGUGAGACGCAGGCUACACUGGACCACACUCUGCAGUUCAGAACAUUCGGCCACAGGGACAACGACGCGCCGCCACAUCGACCCUGCCGCAAGCACCCUCAACGCCAUCGGGAUCGAGCUGAUGUAGAGAAGCACCAUUCAGACUGCGAGCUUCAACAGUUGAGUCGUUACGAGAAGGUGCGCCCGCGCCACUGUCCGGGCACCUCGUAUUGCGUGCCGCUUGCGCAUCAUGCAACAACCUUUCGGGCCGACGAGCUUCGAGGGAGUAAAGAGAGUAACAUAUACGCUUACAUAAAAAAUGGCGGCGGAGGAAGCAGCCAGGGCGGCGGAGGUAGCGGCGGGGGGUUCUCGGAGGUGUACGCGGGGGACUCGAGCGCCGAGUCGGGCCCUGGGUCGCUCUCUCCCCGCACCCACCACGAGCACAGCUAGCAGCGCACGGCGCGCCUGCAGCCCAACCCGUACACGAUGAUGUAAUCAUCGACACUGAACAACGGGGGGCCUUCCCAGGCUACGCCACCCCUCAGUCCGACCCUGGACUCACUUCGGAUGCAGUAUGUAAAUUAAUUUAUAUCUCGAGUCAAUUUAUGGCGUUCGUUUGCCAAUUUUAUGGAAAUAAGCGCGAAAAGUGUCCGUCAUUUUUCAUAUUGAAAAUUUUAAACAAUUUUAUCGUUAAACAGUUUAUUGCUGCAUUUAGUUCACAUACUGCAUCUUUAUUUUAGUUAGAUGAAUUGAGGUUACUCGAUAUGCCGAGUAUUUUGGACUCUAUCAGAUAGAGCGAUGUAAGCCAAAUUGAUUGCCAUUACGGAUUGUGCCAAGCGAUUUAUUAUUAAUAUCACUGCCUGUUUAUUACUGCUUUAUAACGAAUCUAUACUAUAGUAAUACCUGCCUAUAGCCAUAUAACUCAGCAAUUGUGUUCUCUUUCAUUAGUAAGUUCCGUGAAACAACUUAAUACAACGGAACAUAUCGAUAUUGAAACGUGGAAAUAGUGUAAGGCAUAAUUUUAAGUAAUAAUCGAAUUGAUAUGGACUUUCAAGAUGUACAGUUGCCAAAUAUGAUAUUAUAAUAAUCUGAUAACUGUUUGUGAAACUAUUCGAAGUUCUGUUAAUUAUUAUUAUAUACGAUACCAGUAUUUUAUACUGCUAUAUAACAUUACUUCUCCACUUUAGUUAAAGAAAACCUGAAGGUAAGUUACCUAAUAUUACACCCUACACUUCAAAUACUUCUCUGAAAGUUCGUACGAUCACGAGCAUUAAUAUGUAUACACUUUGGUACCAUGUCACAUUAACUUUUUUGACAAAUUGAACUGUAAGUCUCGCUAAAUGUCAAAUAUGUUAGUGCGACAGAGUCCCAAAGUCGGUACAUUAUAUUAUAUUGCUCAUGACUGUACAUAGUACAUUCUAGAACGAAAUACGUUAUGAAACAUCUUUCCACCAUUACACGACUUGACGUUAGGAGGGAUUCCAUCUAAGUAUAUGUGGUCGACAUUCCCUCUGAACCGCUAGAUUCGCUUCCUCCUUCAUUAUGCGAACUGCUAAAGAAUGGAAUUCUCUUCCCGCGUUCCCAGAUACAUAUAAUUUGGGUUUUCAAGGCAAGGGUGAAUAGACCACAUCGCUGCUUAAGAUCAGACCGAGUCGUGGUCAAACGUACUCAAAUGCAAUACUCAAUAUAAGAAGUGUUUUCUGACAUUUAUUACGCCAAUCGUACGGCUUUAGCCACUAAGAAAUUCCCGGCUCAAAUUCUACGAACCGAACAGUACUUUAUGAAACGUAUUAUUAGCAAUUUUAUUGAUUUUACUACGUACUGCAGUUUCAGAGUACCAUUUAUAAUAUAAGCAGUUCUACCGAGUGUAAUCAAUAGUUUUAAAGAUUUUGUCGUCUCAUGUUGUCAAUAGUUGUAGCUCGUGUAUGUGCGAUCACUGUGUGAGGAGGGUAUUUCGAUGGAUGGAUGGACGAAAUACGUGUUGUGAUUUGGCGACUUUUGGAAAUGAUUACAUUUUCAAUAGGCUAGUUUCCAACUAGUCAAAUCAGUUACUUUUUAGUCAAACACGAAAUUAAAGCAACCUGUGACGUCACAGAGAAACGUGACAAAAUGUCGCACCUAUUAUUACAUUUUUCUUCAUUAAAAUUCAUAAAUAAGUUAAAUAGAAAAAAGAAGAUGUUUUUGUCACCUUUAGAACUGUCUUUAUUUAGUAAUCAGCCGGGUCUGCAUGAUAACCACGCCGCGCGCGGCGCGAAUUAUAUUAAGCGUUUCGAUCAAUAAACGAUACGAAUGCUAUCUACGUAGAUGGACGUCAAACGGCUAUUGGUCGAAAGCUUUGAUAUAAUUCGCGCCGCGAGCGGCGCGGUUAUCGUGUAGAGCCUACUGAAUUUCAAAAUUUAUCUUUGACCUAGGUAUUCGUUACGAUGGCACUAACAUCCUGUAUAGUUAACACGGUAGGCUCACCGGCUGAAAUGAACUCAGUGUAGAUUGGAUAUAAGUCGGUGUUUAUUCUAACUUUAUCCGGUCAAGUUGUGAAUGCCAUAUGCGGGAAAUCUACAGUUCUUAAAUCUACAGCUAAGUCACGUCAAAAAAAGUUCGGGUUGUAUGCGUGUAUUUUAAGAAGUCUUACAUCGAAUAUUCAUAGAAUUAUUGAUAAUACAGUCGGCAUGGGUUAUUGACAACUGUCGCACAUAAUGAUGGCAUAUACACGAGCUCUGUAGCUAGUCAUCUCUAUGUCAAAUCAUUAGGAACAAUGUAAAUAUAUCUAGUCAGACUGAUAUUUAAUAAUUUUAAUCGGAGCUUACAUUUUGUACAUACAUUUUGUAGAUAACAUCUGAAUUGUAGUCAAUUUUUAUUGAAUGUUUUUAUGACAAUAUGAUUGUACUUUGUACAUAACGAAAAUCGUCUAUGUGACAAUCUGGUUAUCUGUAAAAUAAAUCUAUUUAUCGCA